CAAGCCAAAAAAGGUGAGGGGUGUGAUUGAAAUAAGACAAAGGUAAAAGUGUCUGUGUUUUGAUAUACAACGUGUGGUUAUACGCUUGAAUUGUUUGGACUUUUUUUUUUUCUUUCCCUCGUUUUGCUGCUAUUAUACUGUUAUUUUUAUUUUUAUCUGUUUUUUUUUCUCUCCCUAACGGAGUGCACGUGUAGGUAUUAUCUUAAGUGUGUGACUUGAGGAUGGAUAAAUUUGUCACUCCAGUACUACCUAAGGGCAGAGGUGCCGGACUAGUUUAUGCAGUUGACACCAGUAAUGUCACACAGUUUGGUCCUGUGAGCAGUGACACUGGGCUGGGCCAAAGCCCGAGUUUUAUUCCCAUUGGUAGGGGUGUGGGUGAUAUGCCUCAGGUUUCCACCCCAAUUAGAGACAGUGAUGCUGUACACAGUUUUACUGACAUGGUUGAGCAAAUAGGAGCCCAGAUAGGUGAAUCCAUUGUUACUAAACUCUUGUCAGCUGGUGUUGUGAAUCUGGCUGGUGACUCUAAGACUCAAACUGAGCAAUGUAACAGUACCGCUCGAGAUGUACCACAUGUAACUGUUCAUGUUAAGCCCAAUAAGGAGCUUCAAAUUUUUAGGGGUGAUGGCACAGACAGAUGUUCGGUCCAGGACUGGAUUGACAUGGCAACGACUUAUCUAUGGAAGCAAGAGGUCCCCAUUCAUGGUCAGGCUGACGAAAUUAUUAGCCACUUAAUGGGGAAGGCCAGAGAUGUGGUCAGAGUGGCUCUUCGUAGUGACCCAGGUCUUGAUGUCAAACAGAAACCUGAUCUGAUCUUUGGUGUCCUUCGCCAUUAUUUCAGUGACUCUUCAUCGUGCCUCCCUCUUGCUGACUUCUAUGCAACACUCCCUACCAGAGGUGAAAACCCGGUAGAUUACUGGAUAAGACUGAACAAGGCUGCUGAACUAGCCAUAGAGGGGCUACGCAGACAGGGGCAAACAGCGACCCCUUUAACCCAUGAAGUAGCAUGUAUGUUCGUGAAACAUUGCCCUGACCCUGAGUUGUCUUAUGUCUUCAAGUGCAAGCCUGUCCAUGAGUGGACUGCUCGGGAUGUACAACAAAGGAUUGAUGAUUAUCAGAGGGAGGUGAGAGCUAAUGGCAGAGCCAGCGGCGCUGCACAGUUGAAGGGCUGUAAUUCUACGAUCACUGCCGUGCACCCGAACGCCUCACCUGCAGCUGCUGCGCCGGAGGGAUGCUCCCGAAGCUUCUCGCCCCCAUCCUCAGGUUUUCAGGGGUUGGUGAACUCGUUCCCCUGCACUGCCACACGAGAGCCCCUCGUUGGAAGUCCGAGUUUCUCCCCUUCGACCGCGGUGAGUCAAAAUCUUCAACAGUCAGAGGAAAGGCUCAUGGGUCAGAUGGUAGAUAUGUUUCAGGCCAUGAUGGAGAGAAUGCAGCACCACAACACUCAGACACCAAGGAGAGGGGCGUUUAAUCAGUUCUCACGAAAUAGACGGAGGAAGGAGGAUGCCUGCAAAGUCUGCAGUGAUCCGAGACAUACCACAGCAUCACACUGCCUAUCUGAUAAACUGUGCUUUUCAUGCUUUGCUCCUGGCUAUGUUCGGUUGUCCUGCCCGGCUAGUACGUCUACCCAGGUCCAGCCGGAGGGAAACUAGCCGACCUGUAUUCGGUGGGAGGCAGUGCAGGUCUUGCGGGAUACUCCCAAACUGUUGAUAUCUGUGAUGCAGAGUCAGUGUAUAAAGAGGCCAGACAAAAAUGCAAAGAUUCUGAAGUUAUUUUUCAGAACAUUCACAAAGUCGGCAAUAGUGACAGUCUUUUCUACACUCCGGUCACUUUCGGUGGGCUUUUGGAAAUGGGUGGUAUGCUGGACAGUGGAUCCAUGGCCUGCAGCAUGAAUGAAGCAGCCGAGGUGACGCUGCGUGAGUCUGGACUGAUAACUGAUCAAGAUGUUAUCAAAGUGGAUGUGACUCUUGUUGGGUGUGGAGGACUACGUGUAAAGCCUAAGUAUGCCCUCAGUGUGGAGAUGGAGGUGUAUGGCUGCAGAAUGAUAGUUCCCAUCCUGGUGGUUCAAGGGCAGCUUGAUGACUUGAUACUGGGGACGAACGUCAUUAAGCACAUAUUACACCAGUCUAAACGUUGUGAGCCCUACUGGAACACGGUCUCUAGUAAUUGCUCUAAGACCAACCUUGAGACUGAAAACUUUCUGUCGAUGCUUUCUGGUUUGACCCCAUGGAAAGAUUCGGACGUCCCGGACAGAGUAGGCACAGUUAGGUGUAACUCAGCUGUGUCCCUUGAACCGGGUCGCGAAUAUCUGGUAUGGGGAAAACUACCAAAGAACAUCGAUGUCUCCCCUGGCAGCACAGUGAUGACAGAGCCCUCGUCAUCCCGCUCAGCACCCAGAGGGAUUUUGGUUGCUAGAUUGGUUACUCCCUUGUGGGGUGACAGAUGGGUCCCAUUGAAACUGAUCAAUAUGUCUGAGCAGCCUGUACACCUGCGGCGUAACGCCAAACUAGCAGACGUGUACUCCUGUGUGGCGCUUGAGGACUUUGAUGCUUCAGCGCUCCAGGAGACAACUCUGGCUAGCAGCCAUCAGUCGGCCAUGUCGCCACAAGUCACGCCCACCAACAUGGAGGAGAAACUCAAACUUGUUGGGCUUGGGGAUGUUGACAUAGAGUCCUGUGAGACAUCGAAACAGUGUAACGAGAGGAUCAAUCAAUCAAUCAAUCAAUCUU